AUGGCAAAGACAUCUAAUGGCAAUAUGAACUCAGAAUCAGAAGAAUAUGCUCGAUAUGUUGUCCAGAUUGAGGAGGAGGCAAAACUUUCAAAACGAAUACUAAGAAAUACGCUCCAUUCUAUAACUCAACUUCUUAACGCGGAGAAGGAACCGCGUAAUCUAAUGAGGCUUUUAGAGAAAUCUAAAGGAUUCAUUGGAGUAUUAGAGUUCGACAAUGACCUAGUUCAACCUUUAUAUCCAGAAGAAACCCACAAUUGUUGGAGCCUUGUAGUAGUAACAUUGACAACAAUUGCCAUUGCACUUCCUAACAUUGCAAAUGUUCAUAUCAAGGGGCUUCUUGCCGGCAUGAGUGAAGGCCUCAAGAUUGUAAGACAUAUUGAAGAUUGUCUCGACGCAAAUGGUGAACUAGUAAGUGCAAUAAAAUCGGCAAGAAGGGUGUGGAAAGAAGUUGAAGUAUACCGCAAAUGGCUAAAAAUUGAUCUUCAAAGUAACGCUCACAAAGAUAAAACAUCUAAAGAGAUCCUUAAAUGGUUAGGAGAUGAAGGAGAAAAAAUUAUGAAAAUGUUUAAGAGUAGCCGAAAAUCAAGUAUAGAUCAUUCGCCUUAUAAGUUCGUACCUGCAAGUUCCAUGUACAGGAUCAGCACGAGCAUAUUAUCGUACUUCAAUGAACAAGAAAUCUCGUUGAAUGAUGAAGCCCUUUUUGAAUGGAUAUCUACUAUAAUUGCGAGUAUUUUGUUGGCAUGCUUUACCAACUUACCACGUGUCAUAAAAAUGAAGUGUCACCACAAUGCAAUAGAGAAAAGGGGAGAUAACAUCCGGAUUGCAGCCCAACUUCUUGGUAAAUCUAAAGAAAUUCUUAAGAUUCUUGAAGCACGUCCACUCCCUAACAUAGGUCAAGACUCGAUGGCAUACAUUGAUGAGUGGUGUGUACUUCCCAAGAGUCAAAUACCAAAUGGUUGUGCUUCUUCAAAUGAGAUAUACCAAGAUCUUCAUGUUGUAGUGAGUCCAUAG